AUGUACUCAUAUUAUUGGAGCUCUUUGAAAGUGAUGGUUUCUGGUGGCAAAUUUGAUCUGAUGAUUUUAGAAAAAGCUUACAGAAAGGCAAAACAUUUAAAGCAAGCAAAAAACAAGGCUGCUCUUGAUAAAUGUAGAAAUAUUGAAGAUUUGUUUAAAGCUAAACCACAAAAUAAUCAGAUUAACUCAUCAGUAGUCUUAAUGCCAAUUGUAUCGAUAAACACUGAGGAAAACACUAAGUAUAACCAACAAACAUUAGCAGACGUUUUUUUUAAUUGAUUAAACCUUUUGAAAUUGUAUACUGUUAAGCCCUAGGAUAGUCUAAACUAUGAGGUUGUAAUGAGUAGCGACCAGAAGGGGAGGGGAAUAAAGUAAUUUCACAAUAUAUUCUAAAUGCGCCUCUG